AUGGACCCCGCGGGUUCCGGUGAGAUAGAUAUCGCUGCUCUGAUGCAAAGCUAUUGGGAUGUCGAGUACCGAGGGGCUUCUCGGGAUCCAAGCGACCGGGAAACUCUGACGUCUGAAAAUGGUAUGAGCUCGGGGAACUUGAGACGCAGUCAUCGUAUUGCUGCAGUUCUGGCCUUCCGAAAUGCGAGAUACGACGAUGCUAUUGUGAAUGCUAAACAAGCGCUUCGUGGCACAGCUGGGGCGGUGGACUCACCAGAGGCAGCUCUAGUUGAGCUCCUCCUGUUGUCGCGUGCAUAUGCGGCGAGCAAUCAGCACGACUUGGGAGCGGGAUUCGUCAAUAGCCUGACGAUCGCGGUAGGAGAUGUGAAAGGAACUCUGACGGUUGCUAAAGUCCGGCUCGGCGUUAAUAACGUCGGAGUGGACGCGUUAGAUUCGAAGGGCCAACUAGUUGGCUAUUUCGAGUGCACGGUCCCGAUGGACAGCAUCAAUUGGGAUCUGGGUCGACAUCUUAGCCGUCUGGAAGAGUACAUACAGCAAGGUGCUGAGCAGCUGUCUCAAGACGACUGGUAUGAAGUCUUCCUAUUCUUCUCUAUGUGGGAUACAGAUGCAUGGUGCUCUCCCUUGGGUCGGGACUUACAGCUAGCUCGUGCCCACCCCGCGCUGCUGGACUACGGCACUGCAGUCCGGGACUUGUCCUCGACGAUCGAGUUGCGGUUACACUGCAUGUAUGUUAACUAUUUCUGCACGAGCCAGGAGAAAGACCGAGUUCUUGAGGAUUUGAAACUGAUCCUUGAGGCGACGCGACAGUUGAGGGAGAGUCAGAAACUCUCGACUAUACUCCAGGUCAUUGUGAAGGUGGGCCGAGCCCUCAAGAGUGACGGAGGUGAACGAGGUGCUGCUGCCCAAGGAUUGAAGUAA